AUGGCUCUCAUGCUAGCACCUUACAACGAAGCCAUGCGACUGGGCAUGGGCUUCAACAGCUAUACCCAGCAGCUAUGUGUCAACGACGUUGUGCAAAAGCCUGGCGGUAUCAAAGGAUCCGAAAGGGACCUACGAUCCGAUGGCCAGUCAUCCGUUAGCCAAGUCGUGAGCUGGGAAGCUGGAUUUGUGGACAACAUGAGCGAAGUUAUCAACUCCUUGAACAUUAGCGGCGCGUUGGAGAUUACUGUCGCUGCUCUUGGCGGUGGUGCCGGCGGCCACGGCAACUACAUCGAUAACUCGACCUUCAAGCAAGCCGACGCCAAGUACAAUAUUACCGUCAAGGUCACGAACCAGAAACUCAUUGCCAAUGAGAUUACCCAAUUCGUCCCCAUCCCCAACGUGCCCGAGUCGAAGUUCAGCGAAGUAUACGGAGACUCUUUCAUCUCUGGAUUCAUUGAAGGAGGUGUUUUCAAUGCUGUGGUCACGAAAACCAAGAUUGACAAGACUAAGACGAAAGAGUACGGCGGUGGACUUAGCAUAGAGAUGGACUUGAAGGUUGCCAAAGUCAAAGGUUCUGCGGAAGGUUCAAAGACUGACACGACUAAUGAGCAAGAAUACAGCACAGAAAUCAAGUUAAACUGGUCUGGAGGUGGAGAUAUCAAGCCCGAUGACGUAAAGGAGUGGGAUAUCCCUGCUCUGACGCGAGUUGCCAUGGAGUUCCCAGACAACGUUGCAGCAUGUCCGCAAAGAACAUAUGCGAUCCUUACCAAAUAUUCCUCACUACGGAGCUUCCACGAGCAAAUGGUCAAAGGCUCUCCGCUAGACUACGAGAAUGCUGGUAUUUAUACAUCCUCGCUGCUCGAUGCCUACAUGGAUUACAAAUCCAUGUGGAAGGAAAUCGCCGAAAUUAUAUAUGAGCAGGAGAAGGGGCAGUCAAAAUACCACCCUCGAAAAUCAGACGACAAUCUGAUUACCUACGGAAAGAACUUCCAGGAAGACUAUGAUCUGCGCACCAAGGCCUUCGAGGAGGAGUCGAAAACGGCUCUUGCGCGACCAGGAGCAUACGCAGGUAUCGUUCUUGAGAAGCCUCUGCCACCAAAUGAGCUCCAGCCCUACAUCCCCGAUAUCUUCGGACUGGACAAAGCUCGGCGUGACUGUAGGUUUGAGAUGAUCAAGAUCGUCCGUGAGGUCGGCGAGGUCUCGAACAAUCCCAAGGUAGCAACGGAUCCGUAUCGCAAUUGGCGGUAUCUAAGCCCAAACAUAUUCAAGCGGCUUCUUCCAACUCCGAAAACAGCAGAGGAGAUCGAAGCGGACAGAAUUAAGACAAAAGAGGAAAUGGAAGCGGAGAGACUCAAGAACGAAGAAGAGAUUAAGAAAGUGAAAGAUGACCUCCAAGCUCAGAUUCAGGGCUAUGCCAAAGAGAACGACACGCUCAAAAAGCAACUGACUGAACGAGAAGAGGAGCAGAAGCGGAUCCAGGAAGAUGCAGAGAAACAAAAGGAAGUGCAUGCUACUAAUGAAACCGAAGCUCAGUCUCAACGCGAAGCAUACGAGAACCAAGUCCAGCAAGCCAAAGCCGAAGCUGCCGAACUCAAGAAGCUGAAAGAAGACGUCGAGAAGCAGCUCCAGGAGAAAGCAGAAGCUGAGAAGAAGCUCCAGGAGCACGACAGCCAAACUCAAGCCCAGCUUCAAGAAGUGUCUGAGCGAAAAGUGGCCGCCGAGCAGGCGAUCGAAUCCCUACAGCGCGGUAUUCAAGAGAAAGAUGGCAAAAUACGGGAGUAUGGCGAGCUGGCGCAACGGGAGAGCGCGAGAGCGGAGUCCGUCACGCAAGAGCUUAACCGACUAAGGGAAGCGGCGCAGCAAGGUCCGGCUAUCACGCUCCACUCAAUCAUCUGGGCCAACCAGCAGCUUAUCGGCAAUGGCGGAGUGGAACAAAAGGUGCGCCAGUUUAUAGAGAAUCGCUGGGGCUUCACAUUCGACAACGACUUCUUUGGCUGCGAUCCGACGCCGGGCCGGGAGAAGGCCGGAAGCAUUGUCUACUGUCGUAGAGGAGAGAGCGUCAAGAGCGUUGUUGGCAGCGAGCACCAGGGGUCAGCGUUCUACUAGGUGUAUUUCCAUGUUUCUCUUUCCUUUCCUGAACAUGUUAGCUUGCUUGUAUUGUAGGUCUUCUGUCACUCUAAUUUCACGUCUUGUUUUUCGGCUAGCUCUAGUAAUUUCCAAUAGGGUGUAUCCGGUUGAUCGAUCUCCAAUUUCUACAAUUCUGCAGACCUCAAGAAGCUGCUACAGUAACUGGCAUUUCCGUGUACUCAAAGUCCCAAAUUAAUAACCUAGUGUCGUGCGGUGGCGACGCCGCAAGAACAAAUCGUCC